AAAUUCAUCAGAACUGUCAUUAUACCUUAAGCAUUAAGUUAUUUGUCGACUGUUACUACCGGCUCCACUUGGGCUCCACAAUCCUUCCAAAGUGCGCUCUCCGACUUGCGCUUUCCGCUGGGAGGCGGUGUUCUUCACGUGUUUGAGGCGGUUUGAUCGCGUUCGUAUUUGAGGCGUUUGGGACCUAUAGGGGGGUUGAAUUCCCUGGAUUUGUUUUGUUUCUUCGAUCCACCAAGCAAGUGACGUCACCAUGACCGACCGGAAGGCCGUGAUCAAGAAUGCCGACAUGUCGGAGGAGAUGCAGCAGGACGCGGUCGACUGCGCCACACAGGCCCUCGAGAAGUACAACAUCGAGAAGGAUAUCGCGGCCUUCAUCAAGAAGGAGUUCGACAAGAAGUACAACCCCACGUGGCACUGCAUCGUGGGACGGAAUUUCGGCAGCUACGUGACGCACGAGACCAAGCACUUCAUCUACUUCUACUUGGGACAAGUCGCUAUCCUUCUGUUCAAGUCGGGUUGAUUUUGUGCUAGGUCAUGUGCUAUGUUUUUGAAAUUCUUGUGUACUAACUGUCCUGCCAAGGAGGUGUUCUGUUUAAGUUAUUGCAGACAAAACGUUGAGUGCUGAUCAUGGUAGCACCGGAUCACAACGCUUUCAUUCCCUCUCUCAAGUACGUGAUUAUUUUAGUGAUUGUUUUGUUGUAAAUAAUGCGGUACUCAUGAGUCGGGAUUAUUAACAAUUAACGUUAAUAAAACAGCUUUAGACCGGUGAUAUA